UAUAACAAAUAAUUUGAGGGUCCAUAAGGAAGCCAACAAAUCUCCUAGGUCAACAUCUUUAAAAGGUCAUGUACAGCACAAGUCAUACUCAUCCCUGGUACAACUAGAGGACUCACUACUCACCCUUUUCACUCCUUCUCACCGUCACUACUCACCUCUACUCUACUCGGCUUCACUCAUCACACCUGUGCAACUGAUUUCACUCACUAUGGGUUCACAUGAACCCUCUUCAUCAUCAAGUACCAAUGGGGGCAAGAAAUCUAGCUUUAGAAGGAAAGUUUUCAGCGGUAUCAAGGGCAAAAAAGGGGACGAAAUGCCGGAGGUCAAGAAACAGAAGAAGCGGAAAGCCUUCAAAAUGAAGAAGAAGGUGUUCAGAUCAUCGGACCCACUGUUAUCUGUGUUCAUGUGGGGAGUACAUCAGAGUGUUGAGCAGUUAACUCACUGCACUAUACCUCCUCUCCUUCUCGACACUGACUUCAAGGCUUUUUCCAAGAUAUCGAUAGAGAAUUACAAUUUCAACAGUGACAACAUGACUGGAAAGUUCAAGUUUAAAGAAUACUGCCCCAUCGUCUUCAAGAACCUCAGAGAUAGGUUUGGAGUAAAAGAAGCGCUCUUUAAUCAGGCUUUAUCUUCUUGUGAGCCAUAUUAUGAGAGUAAAGUGCAACCCUCCCGAAACAGCCUAUUAUUUGAUGCAUCCUCGGCACAAGGGGAUGCAUUAAAAGAAAAAGAGCGGGGACACAAAUAUUUCUACAGCAAAGACAACAAAUUUGUCGUUAAGAUCUUCCACAGCGAAGAGGUUGAGUUCAUGCACUCCAUACUGAACGUGUACUACAACUACGCCGUGGAGAAAGCAGGACAAACGUUACUCCCUCAGUAUCUUGCUAUGUACAAAAUAACGGUAUCAAGCAUCGAAUAUCACAUGAUUGUGAUGAAGAACGUGUUUGCGGUGAACCUCAGGAUACAUAAGAAAUACGAUCUGAAGGGGAGCAAGGUUGACAGGGCCGCUACUGAUAAGGACCCUACACUCAAGGAUUGUGACUUCCUUAAUGAAGAUAUGAAGAUAAGAGUAGGAGAAGAGAAGAGGAAACACAUCCUAGCUAUGCUGGAAUCAGACGUGCAGUUCCUUUCUCAGCUCAAAAUAAUGGACUACAGUCUCCUGUUAGGAACACACAAUGUCGCCCAGGGGCACGAGGAAAGGGAAAUGGACGAGGAACACUCCUCGUCUGACGAUCUACUGGACGGAGAGGAGUUUAACAAUAAUAAGGACUCUGAUGUUCCCAUGGAGAUUGAGGAGGAAGAGGAAGAGGUUGAAGAUCAGAUAUAUGAGAAUGGUUACACGUAUUUUAGUGAUCCAGCUAUAUCUAACAAGGAAGUUUAUUGCUUUGGUCUUAUAGACGUUUUAACGAAGUAUAACGCAACGAAGCGAGCAGCCCACACCGCCAAAACCAUGAAACACGGAUCCGGAGCAGAAAUCAGUACCGUUCGACCAGAAAGCUAUUCAAAACGGUUCCUGGAGUUUAUGUCCAACGCUUUUGUGUAGGGGAUGGAUGGAUUUGUUUAAGGAUCCAACUUUGAGUUAAUUUGAGGGCUAUUCGAGAACUUUCUUCAGGGACUCAUGACCUCACAUUUAGUCAAAUAUUAUACGCCAGUUUUUAAUGACCACCAGUGGAUAUGUUAGAUCCUCCCGCCGAAAGCAAGUAGUUUCAGCUGGCAGUUUCUGUUCAACAGAGAUGGCUGAUUCCGUUUGUGAGGGAUGCGAGUGUUCUUUUUAGGACUUUUUGAUUGGAUGAUGAACGUCAUGUGACCUGAAGCAAACUUUUCAGAGCGGUGCUCUCUCUUCACAAAUUUUGAAUUGAACUAUUAUUAAAUGUCUAUAUUUCCUUUUUUCGAUGUUAUGAUCUUAUUAAAUUCCCCAAUAGUAUAGUCCGACGAAAUAUUGAACAUUUUGCUCGAAUCAUUAAGGUACUACAACUACUACUAGUUUUUAAUCACGUAUCCGGAGAUUUUAACGAAAAUCCAUCACAAUUUUAUUGAAAGACCAUUCGCAUGCGUCCUUUGGCUGAUUUUAAGAUGAAUUUAAACAGACCGUAUUAACGAUGAUAUAAUAUAUAAACUUGCCAUAUUUUAUUGGUCGGAGUCGACCGUUUUCACUCUUCUUUUUACGUUAAUAAGUGUUGUGUUGUUAUAUGUGUGUUGCGAGGAUCGUCUAUAACUAUUUGGUGAGUUAAGUUUUGGUCCGAUCAGUAAGGUCACGUGAUAUCUAAUAUCACGUGACGUUUGAGCCAGCUCACCGCGGAUAUAGCUCUUUAAUACUGAUAUAACUUGUAAUUACAUUGUCUGAUAAAUCCAUGUCAGUGGUGUAAUUUGUUUUUGUAAGGGCGGAUUAUUCCAUAUAAUUUGCACGGUUUUCAUCAUGUAGCUUUGACCUGUCGUUUCCUUUUCUGUACCUCAAAGUGAUUUGAUAAUAAUGCUUGUGGUUUAUGAAUGCUCGUAUAGAUAUAUAACAAAAAGGCCUGUAGGACUUAGUUCAUGAUCAUUUUGUCCAGAUAAAAAACUUAAAUUUUCAGCUUGGUUUACUCAAUUUUUCCUUGGAAACAAGCCCAACAUUCAACCAUGUCAUAUGCUUGUUGAAUUACUAAAUGGCUUUAAAAAUUUUAUAAGUAUGAUACAGCAUUUACAUUUUUUAUUUGUGUUGAUUAUUUAUAUAGUACAAGGUUGCUGAUUUUUGUUGGAAAAUGUCCGAGAAUAUGUUAUAACUUUGAAAAUUCAAUUUUCAAUUACUCAAAGCUUGUAAUGAUUGGACCCAUUAACUUGUCAUAGUUUUUACAUUUUGUGUACAAUCUCAAAA